CUUUGUUAGUUAUUUUCACAAAGAGCAAGAGGGAUGGCAAAUUUAUGAAAGCCUGUACCAAUACCAGACGUGAAUAGUACACGGCGUACUCUCUCAUUUCAGAAUCUGUCAUGUAGUUUACUGUCAUUGCUGCUGAAACGUUGCGGCAGUAAACUAGGUCUGUAGGCUGUACAUACUGUAGAAUAGAGCCAUAGCUCUACAACAUCCGGGCAUUCCUCAGCCUGCGCAGAAACGGAAUGGCGGAGCUAGUUUGAUGGGCUCUGGAGAUCACAGACGCAGCCUAGUGGAGAUCCUGAGGCAGGGCUAUGAGGGGCCAGAGGAGGAGUCCAGGGCCCUAGUGGAGCUGCAGAAGAGCCUGGGGGCCUCACAGUCACAGGGCCGCCCAAUGAAGAUGGCAGCACGUCCCCAAAAUGGCAGUGAGAUUCCCCUGGAGGACCUGCUAUCUCUGUGUGGGUAUGAGGUGUCUGAUCCCCUCCUGCAGCAGGACAGGGAGCCCAACGAGCUAGCAGCCAGUCUGCCUGACAUGACACUGGACAAGGACCAGAUUGCUAAAGAUCUGUUCUCAGGAGAGGAUGAAGAGGAGUCAUCAGCUGAUGACCUCACUCUCUCUGUCACCUCCCAUUCCCCUGACCUCCUCUUCCGCCGCCACCUAAGAGCCCAUUCCAUGGCAGAUGGAGACAAAGGCACCUUCGUCAGCUCCUCAGAAGAUGUCUCAGAUGAUGAUGACGACAACACCUCCAUUCCAUCCAAUGAUGAACGCAAGGACAUCAUGGUGGGCUCAAUGUACCAAGCCAAAAUCCCUCCUCUCAGCCCAUACUCAUACCAGGAGAGAGUCUAUGAGAAUGAGGACCAGCUCCUGUGGACCCCAGACAUGUUGCCAGGCCAGGCUGUAAAGGAGUUCCUGCUAAGUGCCCAGAGACGGGGAGGCCAGGACGGGGCUGUAGACACCCUCAUCAACGGGGACAUAAUCAAAGACAAUGAACAAGCUCUGUAUGAGCUGGUGAAAUGCAGCUUUAAUGCAGAGGAGGCACUGAGACGAAUGCGCUUUAAUGUGAAAGUAUUCAGCGAGGAGCUGUGUGCUUGGAGCGAGGAGGAAUGUCGAAACUUUGAACAUGGCUAUCGAGUUCAUGGGAAGAACUUCCACCUCAUUCAGGCCAAUAAGGUACGCACGCGUUCGGUGGGUGAGUGUGUGGAGUAUUACUACAUGUGGAAGAAGUCGGAUCGCCACGAGUACUUCACCCAGCAGACCACUAAGCUGGGCCGCAAGAAGUACAGUCUGCAGUCAGGGAGCAUGGAGGAUGGAGAGCAGGAUGGAGAGGUUGGGGAGAUGGAGGGGUGCUCCCAGAUUCAGCCCCCCUCACAUCCACCAGUCAUAGACCUGGACAAGCAAGAUGCUGAGAUGGGGAUGGAGGUGUUGGAGCUGUGUGGCGCUCCUUGCCCCAGCCCACUGAGGGAGCAGCUGUUCAGCCACUUCUCUCCACUCCCCCAUCUGGAGGACCUGCAGCAGGAGCCCUCUCUGAACUGUUCCAGCCCGGGCCACUGUCCCACCUCGCCCCCUGCCCAGCUCCACCUCUCCUCACUGCCCUGCUGCAGCUCCCCGUGCCCCCCAGCGGAGCCUCCUCUCCUGGGUUCUGGUUUCUACCAGCUGCAGCUGGGGCCUUUCCUUCCAGACGGCCUGUCCAUGGGGCCAGAGGAUGGGGACUCCCAAGGGUUGCAGGUAGACUUCUCCCUGCCCUCCAUCCCCCAGACCUCACCCGCCAUUGCCCCCUCAGUCUCCGUCACUUCUGACUUUGGGGCCAUCAGCAGUUACCUGUGUCCCUCAGCCCUGUGCCCCCCUCCCGUCCAGCACCCCCGCUCUCUCGCACAGUAAGGGGAGGAAGAAGGGUGUCUUUACUCUGGAGAACAUUCCAAUAACACCUGGGUUGUCUGUACUUCUAAUUAUUUCCUGUUGAAGUAAACUUGGACCAGAGCUUACUCAUGUGUUGGUGUGAAACUCCCCAGGAGAGAAACUAUGUUUUUACGGGGAGAUGGGCAUACCUGUAUCAUAGUGUUUACUAGGGGGGCUCCCACUGCACAUAAGCGCAAUGGCUUACCUACCUGUGGGUAGGUCUGUUCUGGAAGGCCUGUCGUUCUACAGGGAUUUUCCCAGUUCUUAGAGAAUUCUUAGGUAAUGUUGGUACUGGAAAAGCGGGUGGGCUUGAUGAUAGCUCCAAGGCCAAAGCAAUUAUCCUGAUGUUCUUUGCAGUGGCCUCCUCCUCUUCCAGAGCAGAACUAGAGACAGAUGUAACAUCCCUCACUGAUUUCCCAACAUUUACUGGGAACAAUGAGCAGCAGACAGACAGCAUGACCUGGACGCCAUAUUAUAGCAGUAUGUCCACAAGAGAUGUUCUCCCUCUAUUAGAUCUGAUAAGGCUGUUUCUAUGAGCAGUGUUCAUUCUGCACUUGUAUGACUCUUCACCACUCUGACUGUGGACCUCUUAGGUAGGAUCAGCCUCCCUGGUUCACUGUGGUUCCACCUCUCUUGAACAUCCACAACUGAAACGGAAGGUUUUGUAUACAGUCUGUUUAAAAGGAAAGAUCUGUAUAAGAAUACCAUGAAACAAUGCUUUUGAGAUUGUCACAAUGUUUUUAUUUUCUUGUUCCUUGUUCAGAAAUGUUUUGGAAGGUUUGCAAUAAGAAACCAGAGUUUGCGAUGGGAGUACUUUUGUGUUCUUUCUAGUUUAUGUUGACAUUUGAAAGGUCUUGUACAGAACCAAACUCUCACAAUUGCCUGACAACCAUGGUAGGCACGUUAGCCUGUGUUUUGCGCAUUAUUGUAAAUGUUACUGUAGGUAAGUCACUGAAUACACAGUUACUCAGGUUUUGUAGCCUCUGGCUUCUUCUAUGUAUCUCAACUCCUGUUGUGUGAUUAAGUGUUGGAUAUUACGCUGAAUCACACAUGCAACCUUGGGGGUAACAGUCAUUGAAAAAGCCCAAUGGCAUUGAAGGACAUCAACCCAAAACGUGUGUGUUCAGAAGGAUGCAAUAUUAAGAAUGUUGCAGAUGGAGAAUGUGAUAUAUAGUUAGCUAUACAUUCCCAGGUUUCAGUGAUGCUCUACAGUAUCCUGCCACUAGAGGAUCUCGGCUGUCACAUAGUCUGAAGAGCCUGCCUGCUUCACAACCCCUGCUCAGGUGGGCCCGGAGAGAAUACGUCCCUUGUGCUCUCUGCCCUGACAGCAGGAAAACUCCAUAUCUUUAUUUAUUUUUAUAGGUUGGGUCAUCCUCUACUCCCUGCUCUGACCUAAGCUGUUCUAGAUCUGUGUUUUCUUCAACCGUUUACAGGAGGUUCUGGAUGUUGACUAUCGGGGCAUUUAUAUCGUACUUCUUCUGUUUAUGUUGGUUUGUAAUUAUAAUUAUUAUAUUUUGUAAAAAACAAAACCUAUUAAAAAUUCACAUGUU